AAGGAUGUUAAAAAAGGCUUCUUUCUUGCUUGAAAACAACCAUAAAGUGAUUGGCAAAGAGGAACUCUACUACAGUUGGCAAAGCUAGGUAGUAGUCAUUCCUUUGUUAUUAAAGUUUCUACAUUUUCCUUCCUUUUUGUUUUCACUUAUUGAUUAUGAUUUUUACCCGAUUAUUCGAGCUGAAAACAAAUUUACAAGAGGCUGAGAAGGGUUGCCUCAGAUCCUGGGAACUCUUUGUGAAGAAGGGUACUCUCCUUUUUAGGGUUUUCUUGUGAUUCUUGGGACAUCACUUUUCUUUGAGUUCUUUCUCAUGAACCCCUUUUUUCUCUCCAAGUCUUUUCCUUUUUGCGUUUUGGGAUAAAAGGUUGGCUUUGAAUUUGAUCUAUCCUUGGUAGUGUGGGUGUGUUUAUGUUUUUUUUUCUGUUUCUUGAUGUAUGUACUUUAGUUCAUGGAUGCAAAUAAAGAAGAGUCCAGGCGUCCAGCAUAAUCAAAGGUGAAAAGAGACUUUUUUGGGUAGUAAUUUCCACAAAUGGACGUUUGGAUCCAGUUGUAGUUGACCAGAUCUGACUAAAACCCAUUUCUUUUCACUAAACUUGAACUUGAAUCCUCUUUGGACACUUUUGAGUUGAUUAAGACAUUGUCAUCAGUUUAGGUUGAAGGGAAUUUUGAUGGAGGAGUUUCCAUCUAGAUUAGGUAAUUUACUCUGUGGAAACUCAAGCUUUGAUAAUUCUAUGGACAUCUCAAUUCACAAGACUUAAGCUUUUAUGGAAAAUCCCAAUGGCGUUUUAACCGAUGAAGAUGUCGGUUGCUAUUGCGAUGAUAUGGAGACUAAAGUAAGUAGCAUGGAGUUGCCACUAUCAGAAGUGGUAAUGGUGUCUAGUUGUAAAGAUAGUUACAUUGCUAGUAAUGAUAAUAUAGCCCAAGAAAGUGAGGAAGAAGAUUCUUUGUCAUUGGAAGGCGAUCGCACUUGCCACCUUGAUAGCUCGUGUUCAUAUUCUGUGGCAGGUGAGACUAGUAGCUUUUGCAGAGAGGAUUUUCUGUGUUUCGAUGCCGCUUCUGGUGUAGGCAUCGAGAAAAAUAUUUGCAGUUUGGACAUUAUUGCAAAAGCCACUAAGUUUGUGGAGUCGAGUGUUGUUACAGAUGUUGCAAGUGAUCCCAUUGCUGUGGCGGUAAGCCUCAAGGAACAGACUGGAGAUGAGUCUGAAGAGAAACUAUCUGAAGGUGUUAUUCAGUUGACUCUACAAAAGGAAGAAACUAAAAUGGCAGUUCCGGUUCCACGCAGCGUGUUUGAGGUGGAAUAUGUACCUCUUUGGGGAUUUACUUCUAUAUGUGGAAGGAGACCCGAGAUGGAAGAUGCAGUGGCUGCUGUGCCUCGGUUCGUAAAGGUUCCAAUUGAAAUGCUAAUUGGUGAUAGGGUACUCAAUGGCAUGAGCAAGGGCUUUGCUCAUCAGACUGCUCAUUUCUUUGGCGUCUAUGACGGUCAUGGAGGUUCACAGGUAGCAAACUACUGUCGAGAUCGUCUUCACUCUGCUUUGUCCGAGCAAAUGGAGUUUGCUAAAGAAUGUUGGAGUAAUGGAAAUGUAACAGAUAGUUGCCAAGAGCUAUGGAAAAAGGCAUUCACUAAUUGUUUUGUUAAAGUCGAUGCCGAAGUGGAAGGACGAGAUGGUCAUGAACCUGUUGCCCCAGAAACAGUUGGCUCUACCGCUGUUGUUUCCCUCAUUUGUUCUUCUCAUAUCGUUGUAGCAAACUGUGGAGAUUCGAGGGCAGUUCUAUGUCGUGGGAAAGAGCCCAUGGCUUUGUCCGUCGAUCAUAAACCAAAUCGAGAAGACGAAUAUGAAAGGAUCGAAGCAGCUGGAGGCAAGGUUAUUCAAUGGAAUGGACAUCGGGUUUUUGGAGUUCUUGCAAUGUCAAGGUCCAUUGGUGAUAGAUAUUUGAAGCCAUGGAUCAUUCCAGAACCAGAAGUAACGUUUGUCCCUAGAGUGAAAGAAGACGAAUGUCUCAUUCUGGCCAGUGACGGUCUAUGGGAUGUUAUGACAAACGAAGAAGCAUGUGACCUGGCUCGUAGACGAAUACUUCAAUGGCACAAGAAGAACGGUGCAACCCUGACUUCAGAAAGGGGCGAAACCAUCGACCCUGCGGCUCAAGCAGCAGCCGAAUACCUUUCGAACCGAGCCCUCCAGAAAGGAAGCAAGGACAACAUCACGGUACUCGUGUUGGACCUGAAAGCUCAAAGGAAAUUCAAGAGUAAGCCAUGAUUAAGUUUCUCCAGCUUUUCCCCAUUUGUAUGUACAUUAUAGAACAUGCAACACGCACCAUUGUAUUUCCGGUACAGCUCCGUUGUUUCGAGUUCUGGGUAUCGUAAUUCAUUGGCCGUGUCGUAGGAAAUAGGCCAUGCUUUUCGAGUUCGAUAUUAUGGAACAUUGUAUUCAUUGUGCCUCCUGGUCAAAAAAGAAAAUAAAAAUUCACCCCGAGAGGCAUUUGUUCUGUA